AUGGGUGCCUGGAAAGCAGAAGAGAUCGAUGCCUUUGGAGCUGCAUUGGUUGAUACGAAAAAACCUCUUAAAGCUCGUUUCCGAGCAUUGUUCGCUUUACGAAACAUUGGAUGUGACCGUUCGGUUGAGUGGAUCGGAAAAUGCUUGCAAGACGAAUCUGCUCUUCUGAAGCAUGAACUGGCGUACUGUUUAGGUCAAAUGCAGAACAAAUCCGCCGUACCAACCCUUAUCGAAGUACUCAAAGACGUAAAGCAAGAGCCUAUGGUCAGACACGAAGCUGGAGAAGCUUUAGGAGCUAUCGGAGAUAUUAGUGCUAGAGAUGUUUUAGUGGAAUACUCUAAGGAUCCUAUCCCUGAAGUUUCGGAAACUUGCGAGCUGGCUCUACAACGACUUGACUGGGUGCACAAAAAUACUGAUGAAAAGACAUUGAGCCCUUACGAUAGUGUUGAUCCAACACCUUCCUCUGUUGAAGAAGACGUAAAUGAGUUAUCGAAAGCUUUAUGCGAUGCAUCCAAACCUUUAUGGGAUCGGUAUAAGGCCAUGUUCAAGCUAAGAAACAUCAACACGGAUCGAUCCAUCUCAGCUUUAGCUCAAGGUUUGUACUGUGAAGAUAGUGCACUUUUCCGCCAUGAAGUUGCUUAUGUGUUAGGACAAGUGCAAUCGCCGGUGGCCAUAAAAGAAUUAAAAGAUAGACUAUUGUUGCCAUCUGAGAAUUGUAUGGUUCGUCAUGAAUGCGCUGAAGCUUUGGGAGCCAUAGCCACUCAAGAAUGUACUGAGAUUUUACAGCAGUAUGCCAAAGAUGAAGAGAGAGUAGUUCGCGAAAGCUGUGAGGUUGCUCUGGAUAUGGCUGAAUAUGAAAACAGCUCUGACCUUCAAUACGCCAAGAUUGAUGACUAA